AUGAGAACGGAGGUUGAGAUCUCGUGGAAGCCGCCACCUCCCGAGUGGGUUACUCUCAAUUCAGACGGCUCUGUACUUCAAGACUCAGGUCAUGCAGCAGCAGGUGGCCUGAUAAGAGAUCAUACCGGAUGCUGCGUUGCGGCAUUCACUAGUAACUUGGGGAUAUGUUCAAUCACCCGAGCAGAAUUGAGAGGAGCUGUAGAAGAACUUCAGUUGGCCUGGGAUCGAGGCUAUCGUCGGGUCCGUGUCGAGCUGGAUUCUAAGUGCGCCAUUCAACUUCUUCACAGCCUGAGUAACGAUCAUCAUCAUGCUGCUAUCACUGAUCGAUUCCAGGAGCUAUGUUCACGGGACUGGGAGGUCUCGUGCUAUCACAUUUAUAGAGAGGGCAACAAAUGCGCCGAUUAUCUUGCUAGUAGAGGGCAUUCCCUCCCUUUGGGUUUUCACACUGUUCCCAUUUCCGACCCUAGUUUACUUCACUUUCUCAUGUAUGACUGUCAAGGCCUUUCCGAACCUCGUUGUGUUGUGAAUGAAAGCUGA